CCUCCUAAUUAUGAGGAACUUUCUCCUGACCAAUCACAGAUUGUUACCGCAAGUACAAGUCAGAAAAGUAUUAAAAGGUUUCAUUGUGGUAAAGAAUCCACAAACAGCUCAGGACUUUCUACACACCGAAGACAUCACAAAGGAGAGAAAAUGUAUUCAUGUUCAGAAUGUGGGAAAUGUUUCACAUAUAAAUCAAUUCUUGUUAAACAUCAGAGAAGUCACACAGGAGAGAAACCAUAUUCAUGUUUAGAAUGUGGGAAAUGUUUUGUACAAAAAUCACAUCUUAUUGCACAUGAGAGAUGUCACACAGGCGAAAAGCCGUAUAAAUGUUCAGAAUGUGGGAAAUGUUUUACACAUAAAUUCACUCUUGUUACACAUGAGAGAAGUCACACUGGGGAAAAGCCAUAUUCAUGUUCAGAAUGUGGGAAAUGUUUUACUCUGAAAUCAUGUCUUGUUACACAUAAGAGAUGUCACACAGGAGAGAAACCAUAUUCAUGUUCAGAGUGUGGGAAAUGUUUUGUACAAAAAUCACAUCUUAUUGCACAUGAGAGAUUUCACACAGGCGAAAAGCCGUAUAAAUGUUCAGAAUGUGGGAAAUGUUUUACACUGAAAUCACGUCUUGUUAUACAUGAGAGAAGUCACACUGGGGAAAAUCCAUAUUCAUGUUCAGAAUGUGGGAAAUGUUUUACACUGAAAUCAUGUUUUGUUACACAUAAGAGAUGUCACACAGGAGAGAAACCAUAUUCAUGUUCAGAAUGUGGGAAAUAUUUUGCGCAAAAAUCGGAUCUUGUUAGACAUGAGAGAACUCACACAGGAGAGAAGCCGUAUUCAUGUUCACAAUGUGGGAAAUGUUUUGUGCAAAAAUCAAAUCUUGUUACACAUGAGAGAUGUCACACAGGAGAGAAGCUGUAUUCAUGUUUAGAAUGUGGGAAUCGUUUUACAAAGAAAACAAAUCUUGUUAGACAUGAGAGAAGUCACACAGGAGAGAAGCCGUAUUCAUGUUCACAAUGUGGGAAAUGUUUUGUGCAAAAAUCAAAUCUUGUUAGACAUGAGAGAAUUCACACAGGAGAGAAGCCAUAUUCGUGUUCAGAAUGUGGGAAACAUUUUUCCGAUAAAUCAAAUCUUGUUAAACAUGAGAGAUAUCACACAGGAGAGAAACCAUAUUCAUGUUCAGAAUGUGGAAAAUGUUUUACAGAUAAAUCACAUCUUGUUAUACAUGAAAGAAUUCACACAGGAGAGAAACCAUAUUCAUGUUCAGAAUGUGGGAAAUGUUUUACACAUAAAUGCACUCUUGUUACACAUAAGAGAUGUCACACUGGGGAAAAGCCGUAUUCAUGUUCAGAAUGUGGGAAACAUUUUACACAGAAAUCCAAUCUUGUUAAACAUAAGAGGAAUCACACAGGAGUGAAGCCAUAUUUGUGUUCCGAAUGUGGGAAAUAUUUUACACAGAAAUCACAUCUUGUCAUACACCAGAGAAUUCACACUGGGGAAAAGCCGUAUUCAUGUUCCGAAUGUGAGAAAUGUUUUUCUGAUAAAUCAAGUCUUCUACAACAUAAGAGGAAUCACACAUGA